CAUCUGGUGUUGUCCCUCUUUGGGGUGGCCCUCUUCACCAAUCCAUUUCCCCAUGUUUUCUGGUUUCUGGAGAGUACUUCUUGGUCCCCAGGUGUGGCCAUGGCUGGGUGGAGCUGCCUUGUGACCGGCGCUGGAGGCUUUCUGGGUCAGAGGAUCGUCCACCUGUUGGCGGAGGAGAAAGAGCUACAGGAGAUCCGAGCGCUGGACAAAGUUUUCAGACCCAAGCUGCGUGAGGAAUUUUCCAAGCUCCAGAGCAAGGUCAAGCUGACCUUGCUGGAAGGAGACAUUCUGGAUGAACAGUUCGUGAAGAGAGCCUGCCAGGGCACCGCAGCAGUCAUUCACGCCGCCUCUGUCAUUGACGUCCUUAAUGCCAUUCCACGAGAGGUCGUGAUGAACAUCAAUCUGAAAGGUACCCAGAUCCUGCUGGAGGCCUGUGCCCAGGCUAGCGUGCCGAUCUUCAUUUACACCAGCACCAUAGAGGUGGCGGGGCCCAACUCCUACAGGGAGAUCAUCCAGAACGCCCGCGAAGAAGAGCACCUCGAAACAACGUGGUCAGCCGCAUACCCAUACAGCAAAAAGCUUGCCGAGAGGGCCGUGCUGGCAGCGAAUGGGUGGGCUCUUAAAAAUGGUGGCACCUUGUACACUUGUGCCUUACGGCCCACAUAUAUCUACGGGGAAGGAAGCCCCUUUCUGUACGGCUACAUUGACCAGGCCCUGAAGAACAACGGCAUCUUGUCACACAACAGCAAGUUCUCCAUUGCCAACCCCGUCUAUGUCGGCAACGUGGCCUGGGCCCACAUUCUGGCUUUGAGGGCCCUGCAGGACCCCAAGAAAGCCCCAAACAUCCAAGGACAGUUCUACUACAUCUCAGACGACACACCUCACCAAAGCUAUGAUCACCUCAAUUACAAUCUGAGCAAAGAAUGGGGCUUCUGCCUUGAUUCCAGAAUGAGCCUUCCUAUAUGGCUGACGUAUUGGCUUGGCUUCUUGCUGGAAAUAGUGAGCUUCCUGCUCAGUCCAUUUUACAGGUAUCGGCCUCCCUUCAACCGCCACUUAGUGACCUUGUGGAAUAGUGUGUUCACCUUCUCCUAUAAGAAAGCCCAGCAAGAUCUGGGGUAUGAGCCACUCUUCAGCUGGGAGAAAGCCAAGCAGAAAACGAUGGAGUGGGUGGGCACCUUGGUGGAGCAGCACAAGCAAGGCCUGAAAACUAAGACUCACUGAAGCGCGUGACGAGGGCGUGGAUGUGGGCAUUGUUCGGGGAUGACUGUCAAGCUCUCCCCCUAUGGCAGCGUACAGAAAGUAACUUGGGCCCAGGUCCUGCUGCAUCCUUUCUACAAGAUGGCCGUUUCAUUGUCUUCCUCGUACCACUCGUCACUGGCCCACCCAGAAGCUUUCUGCCCAGCCCACCCUGCAGAAGACACACAAGGAG